AUGAAAUUACUGCGAGUUGGAGAAUCAUUCAAUAUCGACGACCCGGAAGAAUGUGUCGCUCGAACUUUAUCGGGUUGCCGGGUAUUCCUCAAUUCCGACUUCAGGCCGACACUCUGGAGACUCUUCGCUCUGACACAUAUUUCGGACGGUAUAGCAACUGAUCAGCCGGAAAGACCAACACAUGAUGAAGUGGAAACUCUGUGUCAGCUCAGCGAGAAAAAUCUGGGCCACCGACGCAACCAACCGUAA